ACAUGGUUUAUAAAUAUGAUCACACAAUUUUAACAUUUUACGGAUAAUCAACAAAGGAUGUGACAGACUAAAUUUCGUACCAGUAAAAAAGAAAAACCGAUAUUGUGCAUACUGUUAUGCAUAAUGCAAUUACGAGUGAAGCAACAUCUUUCGAAAAUCGAUCUUCUUGGCGAAUAAGUGCAACAAACAGAACUUAUUGACUAAAUGUAAAUAUAGAAUGAAUAAAACACAAGAAAUUGUUAAUGGAAAUACACAUGUGACCAUGGAGAAAGACAGGGAAUUGCACGAUGAAAUUAGUAAUUUUCUACAAAGCGUUACCAAUAGAACAACAGAGGAGAAAGUUACAAUGGUAGAUGUAAUACCACAGAUUGUUUGUAGCUGUAUACUUCAUUGUAUGGCUAUACAGGUUGGCAUAAACAUGGCUUACGCUACAGUUCUCGUGGACGGUCUGGAAUCCGACAAUAUUGAAAACAUACCUAUAACUGAGACCGAAGAAUCUUGGAUAGCAAGCCUAGUUACAAUAACGAUACCGAUAGGAUCCAUUAUUUCCGGUCCUCUGAUGGACAGAUUCGGGCGCAAAAUGAUUUCUUUGCUGUGUUGUGUUCCUGCAAUAGUAUCCUGGCUGUUGCUGAUAUUCGCCGAUUCCAUAAGUACUAUUUAUGCGGCUCGAGUUGUCGCCGGAAUCGCAGCGGGAUUGUCCACCGUCGGUCUGGUUUACAUACCGGAGAUCACGCAUCCGAAAGUCAGAACGAUAAUUAUGUGCCUCGUCUCGGCGUUCGUUUCGUUGGGCAUACUGAUCACUUGUUGCCUGGCCAUAUUUCUCGACUGGCGCAAAAUAGCGAUAGUUUUCCUCGCGUUGAACUGUUGCAUCUUCUUCUCAUUCCUCUACGUACCCGAGAGCCCUUACUGGCUCGCGUGCUUCCGCAACGGCAUGUCCGACAAGAAAAGGGUCUGCGAGAUGAGGCGCAGUCUGAGGCGGCUCAAUCGGAAGCAAACGAUGUACGAGCGAGAGUACUCGCGAAUCCUGGAGGCCUACGGAAAUCGCACAGUAAGUGACGAAGCGUCCGAGAGCGUAGUAGCGUCCGUAAAGAGUUACUAUCACAGCUUUACGUUCCCGGAGGCCUACAAGCCGCUAACGAUACUCGUGGUACUUUUCCUGUUGCAACAACUCACCGGCGCCUACGUCGUCAUAUUUUACGCCAUUUCUGUCUUCCGCGAGAUGGGUGGUACGUUCGGCAGGGGCUUGGACGAGAACAGCGCGCUCGUCAUGCUGGGUAUCAUUCGCUUCGUCAUGAGCCUAAUAACAGCUUUCUACAGCCGGAGGUACGGCAGGAGGGUUCUCUGUAUCGUGAGCGCGAUCGGAAUGGCCAUCCCGAUGUUCCUCGCUGGAAUGUACAUGCACUUUACGGUGUCGUACGACGAGAACGGCAACCUGCAGGAAACCAUGGUCGAGCAAAAGUGGCUGCUGCUCUUCUUCGUCUUGUCGUACAUUUGCACCAGCACGUUCGGAUUCGUGACCAUUCCGUGGACGCUGAUCGGGGAAUUGCUUCCGGUAUCGAUACGCGGCAUCGGCGCGAGUCUCAUGAUCGCCUUCGCUUACUUAAUAAUGUUCGCCGUGGUAAAGAGCUACCCGUAUAUUCUCAGGUGCAUAAGCAUCGAGGGGAUCUUUUUCUUUUUUAGCUUCUUUUCCCUGGUAGCCACAGCUUUCGUGUAUUUCUUCCUACCGGAAACGUUGGGCAAGUCGUUCGCCGAUAUAGAAAAGUAUUUCAAGAAGACAGAAACGCGUAACGCUACUCCUAGGCGCCCUUGAUACUUGCACUUUUUGUUCUUGCUGUGAUAUGGUUGGAUAUGCAUGAGUUUUGGAUAUUAUUUAUAAUACGUUUUUUGCUAAAGAGAGUUUGCUUGGGCCAUUGCGCGGUAGAUGAUUGUAUGGUUGGUGUGUGGAAAAGUGGUUUGGAUUUCAGUGCCUUUUCAGACAAUAAAUAAUUUUGGUAGCUAAUUAUAUAAUGCUAAUAGUGAGAUGGGUCAAUGUUAUGUAUAUUAAUUGUUAUUAGAUUAUUGUUAUUGGCGUGUGUAUGUAUACACACACACACACACACACCAAUUAUGAAGACAGUAUAUAAAGUAACUCCAGAAAUGUUACAUUAAAAAAAAAUAUAAAUUUUGUUACAUCU